GAUAGCAGCGGGAAUCGAUACAUCUGCAUCUGUAAUUGAGUGGGCGUUAUCUGAACUUUUAAGGAAUCCAAGAAUAAUGAAAAAACUUCAAGAUGAGAUACAAAAUGAGAUAGGACAUAUGAGAAUGGUUGAAGAGAAAGAUUUGAAGAAUUUAAGUUACUUAGAUAUGGUUGUUGAUGAGAUAUUAAGACUUUAUCUGGUUGGACCCUUACUAAUCCCUCGUGAAUGUAGAGAGAAUAUAAUAAUUGAUGGUUAUUUUAUAAAGGAAAAGACACGAGUUAUAGUAAAUGCAUGGGCAAUAGGGAGAGAUCAUGAUGUUUGGUCACAAAAUGCUGAAGAGUUUUAUCCCGAAAGAUUUAUCAAAAAGAAAAUGAAUUUUCAUGGACAAGAGAUGGAGUGUAUAUCAUUUGGUUCUGGUCGGAGACGUUGUCCUGGGAUUCAUUUGGGUUUGAUUACGGUAAAAUUGAUUUUAGCUCAAUUGGUGCACUGUUUUAGUUGGAAACUUCCACAUAGUAUUACUCCUUCAAAUUUGAACAUGGAAGAGAAAUUUGGACUCACUAUACCUAGAGCUCAACACUUGCACGCAAUACCGAGUUAUCGUCUAGCAUGUGAUGACAAAUUUGAAUAGUUUUAAGGAGGACAAUCAUAUAUCAUCAUGAGAGAAAUUGUGUAAUACUAUAGAUUGUUUUACAAUAAAUUAAUGAAUACUGUUUGUUCUUUGUGCUGCAACAAUCAAAGGUUGAUUGUAUUUUGGCUAAAUAAUUUUAUAUUCAUGUGGACUUUAGCCAAUUUUUC